AUGGAAUGCAGAUGGCCGCUGGUUCUCCGAUUCAUCAAGGGCGCCAUCCACGGAGCCAUCCUGCUGCCUGUGCUCGGCCAUGCCAUCUUCACCGUCAUAGUGGUCAUACUCGACAAGCAUAUCCCUUCGCUGUCCAUCGUCGUCGGUCUCAUCCUCGUCUUCCGCAACCAGACCUCCUACAAUCGCUUCUGGGACGGCCGCAACUGUCUGACGACCAUCACCACCGCGCUUCGUAACCUCACCCGAACGAUCCUGGUUUCUUCUCGAAAUCCCAAUGGCCCGCUCUCGGACGCUGAGAAGCAGGAUAUCGAGCGGACGAUCCGUCUGCUUAUCGCCUUUCCGUAUGCCGUCAAGUGCUAUCUGCGCGCUGAAUGGAGCACCGAAUGGGGCGCCGUCUCCAAUCCAAACAUGAUUGCAGACGUCGUUCGUCGACAGGAAGCCGGCGGCCCCAAGCAGGAGUUCCUUAGCCUACUGCCUGCUGGGUUCCAGGCUCACGAGGCCGACGGCCUGGGCCUGCCGCUGCAAUUGACCUUCCCCAUCGAUGCGUUCAUCCAGCGAGGCGCCGACAGAGGCUGGUACGACCCCCCUAUGGCCAACCAGAUGGGCAACCAGGUCAGCGCCAUGAUCGAUGCAUACGGGAAGAUGGAAACGAUCAAGUUGACCCCCAUCCCCGUUGCUCACUUGAUUCACCAAAAGCAAGUCCUGGCCUUGUUCGGCUGUGUGCUUCCAUUUGCAAUGGUAGAUGAUAUGGGCUGGUGGGCUGUACCCAUUGUCUGUCUCGUCAUCUUUACUCUUUACGGUAUCGAAGGCAUUGGUUCUCAACUCGAAGAUCCCUUUGGCUACGACAAGAACGACAUCAAGAUGGAUGCCAUUGUCGAAGACGAAAGGGUCGAAAUCGAAGCUAUCCUCAAUGAGUGGAAGAAGUUGAAUGACCUACCUAUCGACGGCGACGAUUCAGCUACCAACGGUGCCAGAAAUGGUGUCCGCAACGGUACUAGCAACGGCACUCGCAAUGGAACUCACAACGGCACCCAUAACGGGGUCACCAAUGGAAAUGUUGCUCCUCGAGAAAUGUUUAUCAGAUCUUAG